ACACAAAAGUUAAAUAAAAAAAAAUUAAAAAUUAAAAAAAGUAUUUUUGUCACUAAACAAUUAGUUUUAAAUUGUUUUUGUGCUUUUAAAAAUUAAAAACAAAUAUCAGCAUAUGAUUUUUUUAUCAUUAUUUUUCAGUUUUUUAUUAUUUAAAAAAUAAAAAAGUGUGUAUAAAAAAAAGUGAUAGUGGCGACAGUUGGGAUCGAACCCGCAACCAACGAGCGAAUAUUAAAAUGCAAUGACGUUAUGGAGUACACUCCUGAGGUCCAAGGUUCGAUCCCUGCUGUCGUCAAUCCAUAUGAAUUCACUUUUUUUCCUUUAAAAAUACUUUUUAUUAAUUUUUCUUAUAAAAAAAAAUAUCUCUUCUCUUCUCUGCAUAUUCUUGAAUUUUCCAUGAGUAUGAGUCAGACUUCUUACUGCACUGGUCCUGCAACAUUCAUUGUUUAAAUUUUAAUCUAGCCUGACAUGACGGUCAAAAUGGUCAAUUUUCAAUCAAAGAAGCCUGAGAACAUAUAGUCCUACAUUUCUAUGCCUCCUUGACAACAAACAUUUCCAAGGGGCCCUAGAUAAAAAAGUUGGUUCCAUGUUAUACCUACAUAAUUCCUUGAAUUUUCAACAUUUAACAAUUUAUUAAAAAUUCACAUAAUCCAUUGUUUGGGGAAAACAAAAGAAUGUAGGGAAAAAGGGGGCCCUCAAUGAGCUUUGAAUAUUUCAUUACGCCCAUUAAUUCUUCGCUAGAAGGAUACUUAAACGUGCGUCGUUGCAUUAUGAGGUUUUGGCUCAUUUUUUAUUAAAAAAAAACCUGUUUCAAAACCGAAAAAUAUUAAAAAGUUUCAUUUUUUAUAAUUAUUUUUUAAUUUUUCAAUAGCUAAAAAAUAAAAAAGGGACAUAAAAAAAAAGUGAUAGUGGCCUCGGUUGGGAUCGAACCGGGGACCAACGCAUAACGAGAUGCGCUAAGACCAUCGAUUCUGAUCCGGAGGGUUCGGGUUCGACCCCUGCGGUCGCCAAUUAAAAUUUUUUUUUAUUUUAAUUUUUUUUUAUGUAACUUUUUAAUUUUUUUUCACGUAUUAAAACAUUAAUAAAAGCGAAAAGAUUUUAAAUAUUUAAAAUAAACGUUGAUAACUUUAUUAUAAUAUAAAAUACUCUGGUUUCCGCAUAUUCUCUCUAGAGAGUUAUGUACCGCAAUCAUCAUCGUUCGUUUGUUUAUUUAUAGAAACUGGAAUCGUGCCAAUUGAAUUUUACUCGAACAAGCGAAGGUAUUCAGCCGCUCUUACUUUGUUAUCAUCCCGAUGCAAAAUUGCAUUUCAACGUGUUUACGUAUAUUAAUUAUUCAAGUGACUACUGGAUUUUAAUUAAAAUGAGUGAACCUUAAACAAUAACACCUUAAUAAGAGAAUCUCUCUCUUGAGUCCAAAUAGUAAAACGCGGUCGUGGCAUGAAUAUCAAUUAGCCCAGAGGUGUAACGGUACCACUUGGUCAGUUGUGGGCGUAUUUAUUUUAAUUCGUUUUAGACUUUUUAAACGUAAAACACAAACUGGUUUCAUAAAAGUCUUCUAAAGUAAUUAGAGAAAAAAAAUCAAUUGUUUAAUAAAAAAAAAAAAAACUGUAAAAAUUAGAAAAAAAAGUGAUUGACGGCUCUGGGGUUCGAACCUCGAACCUCAAGAUCAUACCUACAAUCAGGGCGUUUCAUUAUUGGUUGCAGGUUCGAUCCCAACUGUCGCCAUUAUCACGUUUUAUUUUUUUUAUAUCACUUUUUAUUUUUGAGUUAUUAAAAUAAAUAAAAAAUGAUUAUAAAAAAUUAAAUUCUGAUAAAGAAAAACAAAUUUAAAUGACAAAAAUCCCAAAAAUUAAACAAACACAAUUGAUUAAAGGCCAUUAUGGAGGUCGAACCUUUAAACUCAAGAUCAUAAUUAUCUAGUCAGGGCGUUUCAUUUAAUGGUUGCAGGUUCGAUCCCAAUCGUUGUCACUAUCACUUUAUUUUUUCUAUAUGUCACUUUAAUAAUUAUUAUUAAAAAAAUUAAAAAUAUGAGUGAAAAUUGAUUUUUUAUUUAAAAAAAAAUAUUAAAAACGAAAAAAAUUGCAAAAAUUUUAAAAAAAAGUUUUUUGACGACUAUGAGGAUCGAACCUGAGACCUCAAGAUUGUAUUACCGUUAAGGCAUCUCAGUAUGUAUUUGUUCAUCCGGUUGCAGGUUCGAUCCCACUCGUUGUCACUUUUCAUUUUUUUUAUGUUGACUUUUUAUUUUUUAAUUAUUAAAAUAAAUAAAAACGUAAUAAUAAAAAAUGACAUUUUGAUUAAAAAGAAAUUUUUAAAUGAUAAAAAACACAAAAAUUUGAUUGAACUGACGCAGUAUUCGUUUGAUCCCAGUCGUUGACACUUUUUUUUUUAACUUUUUUUAUGUCACUUUUUAUUUUUUAAUUUAAAAAAAAAUACUUUUAUAGAAUUUCAUUAUAUCGGUGUAUAUUUCACUUUUCAUUUUUUUUAUAUCACCUUAACUAUUAAAAAAUAUUUUGAAAAAAAAUAUUUAAAAACGACGACAAUGACAAAUUAAAAAAAAAAAGUUAUUUGACGGCAAUGGGGAUCGAACCUGGGACCUCCAGAUAGCGUUACCGUCCGGACAUUUCAGUAUUCAUUCAAUGGUUGCUGGUUCGAUCCCAACCCUUGUCACUAUCACUUUUUACUUUCUUCUAUGUCACUUUUUAUUAUUUACUUAUUAAAAUAAAUGAAAAAAUAAUAGUAAAAAACGAAAUUCUCAUUUAAAAAAAUAUAUAUAUAAUGAUAAAAAUCACAUUAACUAAACAAAAAAAAACAUCGUAAUAGAAAAUUCUGAUUGUUAAAAAUUAAUUACCUCGACUAAAAAUUCUAAAAAAAAAAAAUUAAAAUAAUUUCUCUUCGUUAACACCAUCACCUCGCUCGCACCACGUCGAUGUCUCUCAUCCGUAAUAACCGUAACGGCACUUGCGGUAUUUGCAUCUCCGUUAAUUAAACUUACUUAAUUAACACAUUUUUAUCAAGUAGGACAUACCGGGUGGAUCCGAAAAGUGUUUUUUGACACUGAUUACAAUCGAGAGGACCAUACAGACGAGAGCACUUAAUAAUAAUUUAUUACCAUCCAGAUUAAGUGCUCCUUACUAAUCCUCCUAAUUAAUUGAUAACUUUGUAUACGCCCAUACGCAUAUUUAAUUUCCCUUGUACUUUGAUGAUCGUCGAAUCGAAACGUCACUAUAUAAUUUAAUUGCAGCUGAUAAGCGGCUUUUUAUUAUGAUUUUGUUUGAUCUUUUAUUGAUAAAUCAGUCGAUUUUGUGUUGUUUCUAUGCGGUCUAGUUUUGGGCGUGUGUGUGUGUUGGUUUUCAUUUGUUUUUCAGUUGACCAGUGAAUAUGGUGGGAAUCCAUAGGUCGGUCACUUGGUCUCCUGGUCAAUCCAGAGUCCAUAAGGAGUUGGCCAUAAUGGUCUCGAAGCGGAAGUUCUGGAACCCGAAGAAAUGGUUCCGGAAAAAGCAGAAAACGAGCGACGAUCACGUGGUGCACUCGCAUCAGGAGCAGAGGGAGACGGAGGGACCUCGCAGUCGGUCUACGGAGGAACUGUCCACCGACGAGGAACCAGUGAGGAGUCACGACGUGCGAAACUCGACGAGUAUGCACCCGGGACUGAGCGUAUCGCACGACAGCGUCUUUCAUCCGCUAAACUCGGGUUCGUCCGAUCUAGAGCUGGAUGGAGCCCAAAGUUCCUCGUCCCUCUCCAUGUCUCAGCCCUUGGGAGAUCCAAAGUUACAGGUAAAUUAAUAAAAAAAAACAA